CCCCAAAAUCAGAAAAGGAUGAAGAUGAUAUUGAAGCGAAUCUGUUGCUACCCGCUGGUGUCCCCAUGGAUCGCCAGAGGGCCAAGUUCAUAGUUAGGAUAUACAGAGCUGAAGGCCUGCCCAGGAUGAACACUGGAAUCAUGUCCAACGUUAAGAAGGCCUUCAGCGGUGAAUUCAGCUCCAAAGACUUCGUAGAUCCUUACGUCCAAGUGUCCUUUGCGGGUUUAAAGGGGAAGACGUCAGUGAAGAAGGGAACUCACGAACCCAUGUGGAAUGAACAGGUUGUCUUCACAGAAAUGUUCCCACCGCUUUGCCGAAGAGUCAAAAUACAGCUCCGUGACCACGAGAGUGUCAACUAUGAUGUCAUCGGGACACAUUUCCUCGAUCUGGCCAAAAUUUCAGAUGAAGGAGAGAAAGGGUUUUUACCAACAUUUGGCCCUUGUUGGGUGAACUUAUAUGGAUCACCCCGAAACUUCAGCCUCAUGAAUGAGCACACCCACCUGAAUGACGGACUUGGCGAGGGCGUCUCAUAUAGGGGCAGACUACUCAUAGCUGUCAAAACAGAAAUUCUGGAAAAUGUGGAAUCGUGGCCAGCAGCUGUGGAGGUGGAGUCCGCUUUACCAAUCUCUGAGAAUGCCGCUGGUAGAAAAGAAGAAUACUUUCUGUUUGGGACAAUACUGGAGGCGUGUAUGAUUGACCGAAGAUAUGGGGAAAGGCCAAUUCACUUUGAGAUGAGUAUAGGCAAUGCUGGCAACGUUCUAGACGGUUAUCACCCAAGGAAGCACAAGGAUGAUGGGAGCAGCAGCGAGGGAUCUGAACAGGAGACUGAGUCUGAGGAUGAAGAGGAGGUGGAGACUCCCCGUGUGCCCAAAUGGCACAGUGUGACCCCACCGGCCAGGCCUGUCACACGGGAUCUCAUCUACUACCACAUGCCAUACCAAGAGGACAAACCCUGCGUCUACAUCAACGAGCUCUUCGAGGACCAUAGACGCAGGAUGACCAAUACCAACAUCCUCGAAAAGAUCGCAGAAAAACUGGAAGACUCCAUAGAGGAUGUGAAUGAGAUGCUUCAGCAAGAACGCCCCUUCCCAGAGAAGCGACUGAGGGGCCUGUUUGAGGAGCUGGGGGCUGCCUGUUCCAAGUUUGUCUCCCUGGUAAAGGGCACGGGGGGUGGGGCAGCGUCUGGCAAAACUGUCCUGGAUAAGAAGAGACAUCUACUGCUGGUCAGAGAAAUGGAUCACCUGUCAACAUUAGCCAGGACUAUGAAAGCCACUGUCACCAAAAGCAACAUAAAGGAGAAACUGAAGGCAGCAAAUAAUUACCUACAGAAACUACGCAAUCUUGCAGUGGAGCCGCAGCAUGCCCUGCCCGACAUCUUCAUCUGGAUGGUGUUUGGUCAGAAGAGGAUCGCCUACCAGAGGAUUCUGGCCAAGGAUAUCAUUUACUCGGUGGUUGAUGAGGAGAAGGGAAAAAACUGUGGCAAGGUCAUCACGCUCCUCCUCAAGUUACCUGGUAAGAAAGCCAGUGGCCAGUCUGGAUGGUCAAUUCAGGCUAAACUGCAGGUCUACCUCUGGCUGGGCUUGAUCAAACACAAAAAGGACUUCCUAAGUGGCCUACCCAAGGGAUAUGAAGAGAAUGCGGAUAUUCUGAAUGCCAGUAAACCCAAUGCAUUCCCACCGCUGACCAUCACCUACAUAGAGAAGCAGACGUUCCAGCUGAGGGCUCACAUGUACCAGGCCAGAAGUAUUGUAGGCUCUGAUGCCUCAGGACUCUCUGACCCCUUUGCCCGGGUCUGUUUUUGCGACCAGAGCCUUAGUACCCAGGUUAUUGAUGAGACGUUGAGUCCCACCUGGGAUGAACUGCUCAUCAUGAAGGAAGUCAUCAUGUAUGGAGUGAUGGAGGAAAUACUGGACGACCCACCCACCAUCAUUGUGGAGCUGUUUGACCAGGACAAAGUGGGAAAAUCAGAGUUCAUCGGACGAGCCUUAACAAAACCAGUGGUGAAGAUGAGCAAUGAGAAAUACACCUCUCCCAAAUUCCCACCCCGCUUGGAAUGGUGGGACAUCUACAGGGGGCAGGACAAGGCUGGGGAGCUGCUGGCCUGCUUUGAACUGUUACAGCUGGCACCGUUUGGGGAUUUGUCCGGGGAAGAUUUACCUCCCAUGGAGAUCCCAGAUAUAGGACAAGACAGAGGGCCCGUGAUGCCCGUACCCAAAGGGAUCCGACCAAUCCUUAGUAAACACAGAAUUGAGGUGUUAUUCUGGGGUGUACGGGACUUGAAGCGGGUGCAGCUAACGUCAGUUGAUCAGCCUAGAGUGGAAAUCGAAUGUGCAGGGCAAGUUCUACAGUCUGUCAUCAUCACCAACUAUAAGAAAAAUCCAAACUUCUUCAUCCCUGUCAAGUUUUUUGAUGUGGAACUCCCUGAGAAUGAGUUGUACUGCCCACCUAUCACCAUUCGAUGUCAUGAUUGUCGGAAUUUUGGCCGAUUUGUUCUGGUUGGAACACAUGUCAUCAACUCUCUACAGAGAUUCGUCUACAUUCCCACCACUAAAAGUGCCAAAGCUGCAUUAAAUAAACUCUUCCCAGGACGAGCUAUUGACGGAGGUCCAAGACAGGUGGGCCAAGCCUCUGUAAGGGCUGAAGAUGUGGCGAUAACUAUGGAUGAACGUAGGCCUCUCAUUAAUAGAGACCCAGUGGUCACAAUCGACACAAUGACUGCAAAACAGCUGAAAACUGAGUCUAACAAGCGACGUAAGAAGAAGGAUGGGGUUGACACCGAGGCAGAGAUGGACAUGGAUGCCUUAGAUUGGUGGAGCAAGUACUUUGCCUCCAUAGAAACCCUAAUUGAAGACAAAGAAUCGGGACACCUGCAGGAACAUGAGAAGAACAGAGAAGAGCAGUCAGGUGACCCUCUGGAUUUGGACAACAAACCAGUGGAGGCCCAGGGUGAGCCUGGAGGUGGCACCCAUCCACCUGACUCCACACCCUACGGGACAAUACCCAAUGGCACUGGGGGACCUACCUCUGGGGGCAGUUCUCCUGAAAAUGAAAAAGAAGCAAAGAAAAUGGAGAAAGAACUGAAAAAGAUGGAAAAGAAGGAUCGAGAGGAGAAAAAAGGGUUCGCUGGUGCUGGCAAAGCUGCUAACCUUGCUAAUAAAAUGUCACCAAAAGGACAACGCAAAAAAGGCAAAGGAAAUGCCUUUACAGCUCAACUUAAGUCUCGGGUGCAGCUGAAUAUCGGAAGCCGUUUUAACAAAAUGUUUCGUGAUGAUGAUGAUUAUUUUGCCUCUGUAGAUGACGAAAACGAAAACAUUGAGAAAAUUCGGGUGUAUCCCAAUGAGUUGGAGAGCCAGUCUCAGUUCCAAGGGUUCAAGGAUUGGUUAGACACAUUCGAGCUGUACCGAGGGAAGAACACAGGCAACGAGGAGACGGAUGAAAGCCGUGUGGUUGGAAAGUUCAAGGGCUCCCUGAAGAUCUACAAAAUCCCUCUGCCUAAGGAUAUUGAAGACACAACAGUUACGGGAGGGGACCCUCAGUAUGGGCUUUUCCAAGGACUGCCCAGUAAUGAUCCUCUCAGAGUGCUCGUUAGGGUUUAUGUCGUCAAGGCCAACGACUUGCACCCAGCUGACAUUAACGGGAAGGCCGACCCAUAUGUAGUUAUACGACUGGGUCAAAAGACAACCAACGACAAGGACAAUUAUGUGUCUAAACAACUCAACCCAAUCUUUGGCAAAUGUUUUGAGUUUGAUGCCACAUUUCCCAUGGAGAGUUUGUUGACGGUGCAAAUCUAUGACUGGGACUUGGUCGGCAUGGAUGAUCUCAUAGGCGAGACGAAAAUUGACUUGGAGAACCGUUUUUACAGUCGUCACAGGGCCACAUGUGGACUCGCCAAGACAUACGAACUUCACGGGUACAAUGCCUGGAGAGACCCUCAGAAACCUACCCAGAUUCUGGCCAAGCUGGCGAAAGACAACAAACUGGACGGGCCACAUUACCAGCCCGGCAAGGUGCGGGUGGGCAACCGCAUCUUCACGGCACCUAAUGAGAUUGAAGACGAAAGUGGUGUGAUGAAGGCUACUGAUGAGCACCUGGCACUAGCGGUACUCAAUAAUUGGGCGGAGAUUCCUAAUGUGGGUUGUCAACUGGUACCAGAACACGUGGAGACGCGGCCUCUGUAUAACCCCAAGAAGCCGGGCAUUGAACAGGGCAAAGUUGAGUUAUGGGUAGAUAUGUUCCCUAUGGAUAUGCCUCCCCCUGGACCACCUGUUGACAUAUCACCACGGAAACCAAAAAGUUAUGAACUAAGGUGUAUCAUCUGGAACACAGAUGAUGUGAUUCUGGAGGAUGAUGCGUUCUUCACUGGCGAAAAGAUGAGUGACAUCUACGUGAAAGGAUGGCUUAAGGGACCAGAAGACACACAGGCUACUGAUAUCCAUUACAGGUCAUUGACAGGUGAAGGGAACUUUAACUGGCGGUUCAUUUACCCGUUUGAUUACCUGGUGGCUGAGGAGAAGAUCGUUAUAUCCCGCAAAGAGACAAUCCUGUCGUGGGACGAGACGGAGACCAAGAUCCCGCCACGUCUUAACCUUCAGGUGUGGGACGCAGACAGCUUCUCCGCAGAUGACUUCUUAGGCUCACUGACUCUGGAUUUGACACGAUUCCCGAGGGGGGCCAAGUCAGCCAAACAGUGUAACCUGGACAUGCUGAAGACGGACGGGACGGUGCCGCAGAUGAACCUCUUUAAGCAGAACAGAGUCAAGGGCUGGUGGCCGUUCGCAGUCAAGUCGGACAACAGUGAUGAAUUUGAGCUGACGGGUAAGGUGGAGGCAGAGUUACACCUGAUGACCUCUGAGGAAGCAGAGAAGCACCCAGCAGGCCUGGGCAGGAAUGAACCAGAACCUCUGGAGAAACCAAACCGGCCCGACACGUCUUUUAUUUGGUUUUUGAGCCCUCUGAAGUCACUGCGAUACAUAUUCUGGCACAACUAUAAAUGGAUGCUUCUGAAGAUCUUGUUGUUUGCCCUGUUGGUGGCAUUAAUUGCUCUCUUCUUCUACGCAAUGCCGGGCUACACUGUCAAGAAGAUGUUUGGGGCGUAAGCAAGAGAAUCUAUGAAGAGAGUCCCACACACAGACAAUUUGGUAUGAUUUGUCCAAGAACCUUAGUGAUAGAUGUGAGAGAGGGAGGGGAACCAGUCCUGUCCCCAGGGAUACUUGUAUGGGGGCAUACUGAAGGCUAAGAUCCCAUGGGGUCCUGCAAAGACUGACACAGGAGCCCCAGUCUCAUAGAAAAAUAACAGUAAACUUUCCCAGUCAGGCUUCUACUGAAAGACAACAUGUGGACAACAGAGGCAAAGCUAAAUCCUCAGUAACUCAGCAUCUGGUCAGGCUUAAUUGGGCUAGUCUGUGUUAUCAUCAAACCCCUCAGUCACACCUCCCUAGGCCCCUGCCUGACAGUUUACACCCACCAGGCUUUGAUCAGUCUCACACACACCCUGUACAGCUGUAUUUAUAGACAGAGGGACAGGCAGAAAAGCCACUACUACCAGCUCACAAGCUUUAAUAGAGCCACCUGGUUGAAAACUGGCAUAAUACUAUAGAGGUGUAUAACAAACUUGUGUUUCCAACCACUAUAAGCCUGGAUACACCACUAUACAAUUCACUGCAUUAAAUGGAGUUUUAUCCAAAUGAUAUGUAUGAAGAUGUGUGUAUUGGCAAUGUCGUUGUGUGUACAUGAAGUUACCAAGAAUGUCUAGUCAUCCCAAAAGACGGAGAAAUUAAACUUUUAACCUUUUUUUUUCUUGUUGACAAUGGUGUACAUGUAUGUAUAUACAAGCAUAGCAUAAUCCUGUGUUGCAAUCAUAAUUUAAAAAAAAAAAAACAACACAGGAAAUUAAUUUGACUUAGCCUUGGCUAUAAAUGAAGAUAUACCUGUAUGUUGUAACCACGUUAUUGAUCACCUUUUUCAAAUCUCAUUAAGCCAGGUGUCACAAGGUGUAAAUAAUGUCCUUCACCUGAUCACAAACUAUAUGCAGCAUUUCGUUGAUUUACAUUUAAACAGGGACAUAGGCCUACUGUACAUAACUUAUCCUCCUUCGUUUUUUUUUAUUAUGUAUGUCUUUUUUUCCUUCGGUCAACCAUAAUAAUCAUAAUUUUUUAGGACACAUUUGAUUAAUAUUUCUGUACAUAUUAGACACUUUUAAUAUAACUAUGGAUGGGUGAGAUAUUGAGGGGUCAGUGGUAGAUAGUAUUACUAUUUUUUUCUUGGGACGAUACAGAUGUACUGGUAUUUUAACACAGUUAUCAGCUUCCAUUGCCACUCACAGUUCAUUUGGUGGACAAGUCCUCCUUAGCUUACCAGACAGCAAAGGAUCCUAAAGCUUACCAGGUACAUGUAGUAACUAGAGGAACCUUAGCUUAUACCAGAUGACAGAGGGGCCUAAGCUUACUCCAGGUAACAGAGGGACCUUAGCUUACUCCAGAUAACAGGGGGACCUAAGCUUACACCAGAUGACAGAGGGACCUAAGCUUACUCCAGAUAACAGGGGGACAUUAGCUUACACCAGAUAACAGAGGGACCUAAGCUUACUCCAGAUAACAGUGGGACCUUAGCGUACACCAGAUAUCAGAGGGACAUAAGCUUACUCCAGAUAA